AUGGAGCUCAACCCACACAUGCCAUGCUCGACAUGCCUUCUCGUCACCUCCAAGGCCGGAUGCAGCAGCCCAGGCCGCCGCGACAACGGCGCAGGCAACAUUGCAGAGGAGAUUGCGCGUAUAGAUGACCUCCUCCGAACCCAAGAGCGCUUGACCGCGCAUCGAGCCUUCGAACAACAUCCGCAGCCGCCUGCACCGAGUUUCCCGACGACCCAACAUGACCGCGCACAGCAGCCUUCGGAAGAUGUCCAGGAACCUUCGUUCUCCCGACUCAGCCGAUCGCAACGAGGUCUCCUACGAACCCCCAACAUCACGAAUUACAGCCUCCGGGAUAGGUUCAAAACCCAACAGGACCACGAACAACAGUCUCCGGGCGAGGGCCAGCAAGCCUUCCGUCCAGAGCCCCAGGCCCAUGCAUCAAACGCCCCGACGCUGGACCACAACCUCGGCGCAGAGGACAGAUGCGAGGAACCCGAUCUCCCGAAAGAGACAGCCAAGACGAUACAAGCGCGCUACGAUGGGCUGAAGAAACCCCAAAGUUCUGUAGCGCAUUAG